AUACUGUGAACCUUUCAUUCUUUAAUUGAGUUUAUUUUGUUAUGGGUGAAUAUCAGUUGAAAUUCUAUAAGAUUAGUUAACCUUUGAUUUUCUUCUGAGUACUUUUAUGUUGUUUGAGCGAUCAAAUGAAUGUGAUAGGGAUUUAUGAUGUAGUAAAUAACUUUUAUGCAAUCAGGGAAACACCAAGCUUAGAUCUAAUGUGAACUUAAUUGGAAUAUGGUUGGUAUUAUUUUUGUAUUAUUUAUUUAUGUCAUCGUUCCUUAGUUAUGGUAUAACCAGUAGGAGCUUGUCACAGAUUUAGUUAAUGUGAUUGUUCAGGAGGUAAAUGCUAUUGGAAUCUUGGUGCCUUAGCUUGCUUGCAAAAAGCAGAAAGGCCUAAAUGAUUUGGAUGUCACAGACACCCCUUCAUGUUUCUGCUGGUUACAACAAGGCUGAAAUAGUUAAGUUUCUGCUUGAAUGGCAAGGAAAUGAUAAGGUUGAGUUGGAGGCAAAGAAUAUGUAUGGAGAAACCCCUUUGCAUAUGGCUGCCAAAAAUGGGUGCAAUGAAGCUGCACGCUUACUUCUUGCUCAUGGUGCUUUUAUUGAAGCCAAAGCUAACAAUGGAAUGACACCACUACACCUUUCUGUUUGGUACUCAAUCCGAGCUGAAGACUGCUCAACUGUCAAGACAUUGCUCGAGAGUAAUGCUGAUUGCAGUGCUGUGGACAAUGAGGGCAUGACUCCUCUUGAUCAUCUUUCAAAUGGCCCAGGAAGUGAAAAGUUGCGUGAACUUUUACUCUGGCAUCAUGAAGAGCAGCAAAAGAGAAGGGCACUUGCAGCUUGCUGCCAGACAAAAGCUAAGAUGGAUGAACUUGAAAAUGAACUAUCAAAUAUUGUUGGUUUGCAUGAGCUCAAGAUACAACUUCGUAAAUGGGCAAAGGGGAUGCUUUUGGAUGAGAGGCGCAGAGCCCUUGGACUGAAAGUUGGUACUAGAAGACCUCCUCAUAUGGCAUUUCUUGGAAAUCCGGGAACAGGUAAGACAAUGGUAGCUCGAAUCCUUGGAAGGUUACUUUAUAUGGUGGGAAUUCUACCUACUGACAGGGUAACAGAAGUACAACGGACAGAUUUGGUUGGAGAAUUUGUUGGUCAUACUGGACCAAAGACUAGAAGAAAGAUCAAAGAAGCUGAAGGAGGAAUUCUCUUUGUGGAUGAAGCAUAUCGCCUCAUACCCAUGCAGAAAUCAGACGACAAGGACUAUGGGCUGGAAGCCUUAGAAGAGAUAAUGUCCGUUAUGGACAGUGGAAAAGUUGUUGUCAUAUUUGCUGGCUAUAGUGAACCAAUGAAACGUGUAAUUGCUUCCAAUGAAGGCUUCUGCCGAAGGGUUACUAAGUUUUUUUAUUUUAAUGAUUUCAAUUCAUCAGAAGUAGCCAAUAUUCUCCAUAUCAAGAUGAAUAAUCAAACCGAGGAUAGCUUGUUGUAUGGUUUUAAAUUACAUGCUUCCUGUAGCAUAGAGGCCAUUGCAGCUCUUAUUGAGAGAACCACAACAGAAAAUCAGCGCAAGGAGAUGAAUGGAGGUCUAGUAGAUCCGAUGCUAGUUAACGCCAGGGAGAAUUUGGAUCUUAGGCUCAGUUUUGACUGUAUAGACACUGAUGAAUUGCGAACAAUCACCUUAGAGGAUUUAGAAGCAGGUUUACAGCUUUUAGUGAGAUAAAUGUCUGGGAUUAAACUGAGAAGAUAAAGCUUGUAAUGUUGAGAUUACACUGUUGAUUGAAGUGAAUCAGGAAAAUAUUAUAGCUUGAUUCUUUUACUAGAGUUUUUUGUCAUAGUUGCUGCUGGAAAUAUGGGAGCUGAUUCUUUGGAGAUACAUUUAUUCUUUCUAUAUGUUGUAAUUGAUAAAUUCAGUUUGCCUAUUGACUUUUAGUACCCUUAAGAAGCUUAAUAUUUUUGAGUUUAUAAGACGUUGUAAUCGUUUGAAAACUCAAUAAAAUUCUUUGCCCAAUCUAUAAUUGAAGGCCAAAGGACUAUUUUCCACCCAA